AAUAUACACAGACUUACCUCAAAGAUGGCUACCAUUGCAAACCAUCUAUACAACCAAAUAUAAUCCAAUAAAAGAUUACAGAAUGAUUCUAACACAUGGUAGGCUUACACCUAGUCAGAGUAGUGUGUGGGGAUUUGAACAGGAGAUGCUACGACGAUGAUUUGAUCAGCUUAAGAAAAAUAUCACCAACCGGUGCCAUAAACAGAGAAUGUAUGAGCCAUUGCCUGUAUAACAUAAGGGUACAUGUACUGAAAGAACCAUGGAAUAGGUGGAAGAUAACGUCAAGCAUCCCGAUAGAUGGCGCCUCGGUGGAAAAGCGGCGAAUGUGAUUUCCACACAGGCCUUCGACAGACGAGAGGCUUUGGAAAUUUGUGAGGAACAUACCACCUGGGCUAACGAGAUUCUGAAGCAAGUCCCACCUGGUCAUUGUGGAGGACAGAUCCAGGAUCUGCUCAGGAGUGUCGCUGAUGGUGUAACCCUACCUAACAUUAUCUCAGCUCUUACCAAUGAGAGCCCAGUCGGUAUUCUGUCAGAACCACUGACCCCUGAUUAGCAUUUGGAGAACUUAAGGUUGUGUCUGACUCAUUUAACGCAGCACGGUGUGGACACUUCAUCUGUACAGGCCACUGACAGGUUAUUGUGAAGAACCAUUGUCAGAGGAACUCGACAGUGCUACCAAUGGACAGUCCAUCUCCACCUUAGAGCUGAGGACGACUUGUGAGCGGUCACCUAGUUCACCAGGUGCACAGGGGUCAGCAAGUGCACAGGUGUCACCCAGUGCAGGGAUGCUGGCUGGAGUCAGACCUGCUGGGGUCAUUAGCAGGAGAGUACAUGGCCAGCCCAGCCAGAGAUUUACAGGGGGCCCUAACUACCUGCCCGGCACUCUUAGAGGUACAGAUGGGGAGAUUCAUACCUCUACAGCCAGCACCCUUCAUGUGUCCAGCACAGAGCUGGAUGCACAUGGUGUGUCUCAGUACAGUGGUCAUCAGAAGACACAGAAUAUCCCUGAUCACCACUCCACAGCUGUCCACCUGAACCAGGCCCGACCCCGGACUGCCCCCACUCUCUACACCAGUGGCCCCGCCCCCCAGGAACACCCACCUGUCGCCAAGAACAAUGCCUGGUCUUCUAGCCACAAGCCCUCCAUGCAGAACGGUGGUCGAACAGCAGUCCCUCGUAUGUCUAAUACAGUUGAAGACAGACUCAAAACUCUUUUAUCCAACUCUCCCUCUGGUACUGGGAACAAAGUAACAAAAAAUCAUCGGGUGAAUUACUCUCAGCCCAGACCCUGGGUCACAGAGCAGCGCUACCCUCAUCAUCUCCCCCACAACAGCGUUGUUGUGUACAUCACUCCUUAUGAGGAUGGGGAGCUGCUGAAGCCACCCACACCUGUGCCAAGGCAGACAACUCUGCCCUCAGACCAUGCUGACAACACUGCCAUCAUUGAGGAGGACAGUCACCUUCAGCACCCUGUCUCUAAGCACCUGUCAGAAGUACAGAGACAUAGCGUGAAUAGCACGGUCUCUAGUUCCGGAUAUGUGCCUUCGAUACCAUCAGACAGAUGGUCAAGUUCAUACGGAGAAACGGUCUUCGAGCGCACUUUUCCGCCUGAUCAUCUUCCUUCUCACUCACCUUCUCUGAUGACAGCGCUCCCUGGCCGGGGACAUGAGAACUACGCCUACCAGCCUGACAAUCAUCAGCAGAUAUCAUCUGGGAGCAGCCAGGAACAGAGACAGACAGGAGGGAGCAGUGACUUGAGAGCUGCCUGGAAUCGUCUGUAUGGCCAAGAAGGAAAAACUGUGUUAAAACCUCCUGUUCCUCUGUACAGACCACAGCAGAAUAUAACCAAUGCUGUUAAGAAGGGACCUCCACCUCCCCCACCAAUCAGAAAUGAGUCUGUUCAGAGGGAGGAAGAGCCAAGAGUCUCUAAAGCAAUAACACAGCCCAGAAAUAGCACACUUCUUCCACCCACUCACUCCUCAGUGAGUGUUUCUCCAGCAGUCAGAUUGGAGGAGAGAAAACUCGCCAACGUCCCAAUACAUGUUUCAAGACCGGACAACUUUUUGUAUCCUGAUGCAGCUGGUUAUCCUCAUGAUGCCCAUGGAAAUGUAGGUACAGGUAGGAACAGCAACAAGACGGAGAACUCUGAAAACACUUCUCGUACUGUCAUUGGUGUCAGUCAAGGCAGGCCAGUCACGACAGUCAAUCAUGUGACAUCUACAUUCCCACCUGGUACUCCAGGGGUCAUUGAAAGGUCAGGGUCAUAUGAAGAGUUGGGAAUAGUUUCUGAGAAGAAGAAGAAUCCAUCCACCAAACCAUCUCGAGAUCCAGGGUUUGUAUCACGGCUUUCUUCACAAGUGAGGCACGCCAACGAGUUUCCGUCCAGUUAUAUACCUUCCAGUUCUGACUAUGCUGACAUUGACGGCCUGGAAGAUACUCCUCUGGCAGCCCAUGACAGUAUAUUUGACCGCAAUAGUGAGGAGUCGUCGGGAUCUGUAACUCCGCCUCUUCCACCACUCUCACCAUCCAAUUCCCCGCCCACCAGUGUGCCGUCCUCCCCCAACCCUGAACCAAAGUUCCCACGGUCCCUCAGUGCUGACAUGCUGUCUACCCCCAAAGCUCCAGACCUUCUGGCCUCCACCAAACAAGCACCUGCCUCAGCAAAGAAUCGCAAAAUGACCUCUUCAGAACUCAACUGGAGAAAGUACUCCCCGAGAGAAAAUUCCUCCAAGCAUCGAAACCAGAAGAGAUCUAAAAAUCAGUAUGGUAUCUCUUUAAAUGGGGUCAAAGACUCUGAUGAAGAAAGUUUUCCUUUUGAUAUUCACAACACAACUUUGACCGUUGAACAGUCCCCUAGAACAUCCCAAGAUACGGCUAGGGCAUCAUCCAAUCAAAUCCGAGACAUGCAGCGUAAGUUGGAUGGCCUUGAGGCGUUGUACAGCGAGGUUCUGAAACGUGUGGAACCUUCACGGGGCCUUGGGGUCAGAGAGAGACGCCACAGUAUUGGCAGCUCGGACACAAGCUCCUUCAGGAGAGUAGGACCAUUCCGACACUCAUCCAGCCACAAACCCCGCAUUAAGGAUCUCAAGACCAUCAACAAGCGUUUCCAGAAGCUUGAAUCUCAUGUCGUCACGCUGGCCAGAAGUGUCGCCCAUCUGUCCUCUGAGAUGAAAUCCCAGAAUGCCUUGUUAGUGGAGAUGGACAGGUUACGCCAGGAGGUGAAGGAUCUCCGUGAAGUGGCGCUGUCCAAUCACAAGAAAGGCCAAGGUCAUGUCCCUGACUUUGAUAGGUUCCGGGGAUGGGUUCCGGCCCUAACUAACCCCAAACGUGUCAACAAAUUGACAAAAUUUUUUGGUCAGGAGCCUCCACUGUUAGAGAUUUUCCUGCGGAGACUUGGUUAUGAGAAAUUUACACAAAACUUCAAGGUGGAACAUAUUGGUAUGAUUGAGCUUCCAUACAUGACAGAGGAGAGGUUAAAAACAAUAGGGAUUCCCAUGGGACCUAGGCUAAGGAUCCUACAGGAGGCUCAGCUCUGCUUCAGACAGGAGAACUUUGACAUUUACAUCGUCUGAGGAUCCUACAGGAGGUCUAGCUCUGCUUCAGACAGGAGAACUUUGACAUUUACAUCGUCUGAAGAUCCUACAGGAGGUCUAGCUCUGCUUCAGACAUGUUAACUUCGGCAUUUACAUUGUCUGAGGACCCUACAGGAGGUCCAGCUCUGCUUCAGACAGGAGAACUUUGACAUUACAUUGUCUGAGGAUCCUACAGGAGGCUCAGCUCUACUUCAGACAGGAGAACUUUGACAUUUACUUCGUCUGAGGAUCCUACAGGAGGUCUAGCUCUGCUUCAGACAGGAGAACUUUGACAUUUACAUCGUCUGAAGAUCCUACAGGAGGUCUAGCUCUGCUUCAGACAUGUUAACUUCGGCAUUUACAUUGUCUGAGGACCCUACAGGAGGUCCAGCUCUGCUUCAGACAGGAGAACUUUGACAUUACAUUGUCUGAAGAUGGUACAGGAGGCACAGCACUGCUUCAGACAGGUGAAUAACAUUUGCAUCAUCUCAGGACCCUACAGGAGGUCCAGCUCUGCUUCAGACAGGAGAACUUUAACAUUACAUUGUCUGAAGAUGGUACAGGAGGCACAACACUGCUUCAGACAGGUGAAUAACAUUUGCAUCAUCUCAGGACCCUACAGGAGGGCCCAGCACUGCUUCAGACAGGAGAACUUUGACAUUUAUAUUGUCUGAGGAUGCCUAAAGGAGGUCCAGUUUUGCUUCAUAAAGGGCACAGUUUGACACUUAGGAUCCUAGUACUAUGACAAUUAUUAGCUGAGGAUCCAGGAUUUGUGACAUUAUCAUUGUCAGAGUAUUCAGAAAAUGUGAGUAACAUGGUGUGAGGAUCCUACAACUGUCACAUUAACAUUAAGAUUCUGCAGGAAGCACAGCUCUACUCUAUACAGGAUGUCUUUGACAUAAAACAUUGUGCAGGAUCCUACAUUGACAGAACUCUGCCUUUUUGACAUUGUCACAGGGAUCUUACCUGAGGACCUUACAUGAUCUGACAAAUUUAGAAAUCAGUUGACAGCUGAUGCGGUAAUUCUGAGUCUUGAGUGCUAAACCAUCUACACAAUGAACAGCUGCUGUGCAUUCAAGACAUUUGUACAUGAGAAAACUGUAUGUAUUGUAUAAACCUUCAUGCUCCUCUGUAUGACUGAUAUGUGAGAGAUAUGUGGACAUGUGAUAACAAACGUGUAUCCAGUGUGUAUGACUGAUAUGAGAGAUACGUGGACGUGUGAUAACAAACUUGUAUCCAGUGUGUAUGACUGGUGUGUGAGAGAUACGUGGACGUGUGAUAACAAACGUGUAUCCAGUGUGUAUGACUGGUGUGUGAGAGAUACAUGGACAUGUGAUAACAAACGUGUAUCCAGUGUGUAUGACUGAUAUGAGAGAUACGUGGACGUGUGAUAACAAACGUGUAUCCAGUGUGUAUGACUGAUAUGUGAGAGAUACGUGGACAUGUGAUAACAAACGUGUAUCCAGUGUGUAUGACUGGUGUGUGAGAGAUACGUGGAUGUGUGAUAACAAACGUGUAUCCAGUGUGUAUGACUGAGAUGUGAGAGAGACGUGGACAUGUGAUAACAAACGUGUAUCCAGUGUGUAUGACUGAUAUGUGAGAGAUACGUGGACGUGUGAUAACAAACGUGUAUCCAGUGUGUAUGACUGGUGUGUGAGAGAUACGUGGAUGUGUGAUAACAAACGUGUAUCCAGUGUGUAUGACUGAUAUGAGAGAUACGUGGACGUGUGAUAACAAACGUGUAUCCAGUGUGUAUGACUGAUAUGUGAGAGAUACGUGGACAUGUGAUAACAAACGUGUAUCCAGUGUGUAUGACUAAUAUGUGAGAGAUACAUGGACAUGUGAUUACAAACAUGUAUCCA